AUGGCGGUCCCAGGUGCCCAGAUCUCCAAGCGGAGAAAGUUCGUCGCCGAUGGUGUCUUCUACGCCGAGCUGAACGAGUUCUUCCAGCGCGAGCUGGCCGAGGAGGGAUACUCCGGCGUCGAAGUCCGCGUCACCCCCACCGUCACCGACAUCAUCAUCCGCGCCACCCACACCCAAGAGGUCCUCGGUGAGCAGGGUCGCCGCAUCCGCGAGCUCACCUCUCUCAUCCAGAAGCGCUUCAAGUUCCCCGAGAACAGUGUCUCCCUCUACGCCGCCAAGGUCCAGAACCGUGGUCUGUCCGCCGUCGCCCAGUGCGAGUCCCUCCGCUACAAGCUCCUCAACGGUCUCGCCGUCCGUCGUGCCUGCUACGGUGUCCUGCGCUUCAUCAUGGAGUCCGGCGCCAAGGGCUGUGAGGUCGUCGUCUCCGGAAAGCUCCGUGCCGCCCGUGCCAAGUCCAUGAAGUUCACCGACGGCUUCAUGAUCCACUCCGGUCAGCCCGCCAAGGAGUUCAUCGACAGCGCCACCCGUCACGUCCUUCUCCGCCAAGGUGUCCUCGGUAUCAAGGUUAAGAUCAUGCGCGGCUCCGACCCCGAGGGCAAGGCCGGCCCCCAGAAGUCCCUGCCCGACGCCGUCACCAUUCUCGAGCCCAAGGACGAGGCCCCUGUCGUCCAGCCCGUCUCUCAGGACUACGGCGCCAAGGCCGCCCAGGUCCAGGCCGCGGCUGAGGCUGCUCGGGCGCAGGAGGAGCAGGCAGAGGGUGAGGAGCAGCCCGCUGCGGUGGAGCAAUAG